GUACAUCACCCAGCUGGAGUGCCAAGCCCGGAGCUUCCCCGGGAUCAGCAUCGCCAGGCUGGGCCAGGUGGUGCGGUGCCGCCUGGACGAGGGCCUGGUGUGCCGCAACCGCGACCAGCCGGGCAGGUUCAAGAUGUGCCUCAACUACGAGGUCCGCGUGCUGUGCUGCGAGCCCCGAGCCGGCUGCCCGGCCUCCGGGACCCGCCCUGUGACCUCUACCACGGCCCCGCCCACCGCUUCCCCCUCCGCGGUCCCUCCGGUGCCGCCGUCAGUGCCGCCGUGCUACUGCAGCGUGUCCCACAAGCUGUACCCUGCAGGGUCCAUCAUAUACCAGAAGGCGGACCUCGCCGGGCACUGCUACUACUCCGUGUGCAGCCUGGACUGCCACGUGGUGCGACAGACGGACCACGCCUGUCCCACCAGCACGCCACCUGUGACCCUGGCGACCCUCCACACUGGCUCUUCCCCGUCGACCCCUGUGCCUGUCACCGUACCUGGCUGCCCCAGUGCUGUGCCCCCGAGAGCGACGGGAGAGACCUGGCCGAUGCCCAACUGCUCCCAGGCCACCUGCGAGGGCAACAACGUCAUCUCCCUGCGGCCGCUGCCGUGCCCGGAGGUGUCCCCGCCGGCCUGCGCCAACGGCUACCCCGCCCUGAAGGUGCCCGACGAGGAUGGCUGCUGCCACCACUACCAGUGCCAGUGUGUGUGCAGCGGCUGGGGCGACCCCCACUACAUCACCUUCGACGGCACCUACUACACGUUCCUGGACAACUGCACGUACGUGCUGGUGCAGCAGAUCGUGCCCGUGUACGGCCACUUCCGCGUGCUCAUCGACAACUACUUCUGCGACGCCGAGGACGGGCUGUCCUGCCCGCAGUCCAUCAUCGUGGAGUACCGGCAGGAGCGCGUCGUGCUCACCCGCAAGCCCGUCCGCGGGGUGAUGACCAAUGAGAUCAUCUUCAACAACGAGGUGGUCAGCCCGGGCUUCAGGAGAGGCGGCCUCGUCGUCUCCCAAGUCGGCAUCAGGAUGUUCGUGAGCAUCCCCGAGAUCGGCGUCCAGGUCAUGUUCACGGGCCUCAUCUUCUCGGUGGAGGUGCCCUUCAGCAAGUUCGCCAACAACACGGAGGGCCAGUGCGGCACCUGCACCAACGACCCCAAGGACGAGUGCCGCCUCCCUGGCGGCGCGGUGGUGACCUCCUGCUCUGACAUGUCCGGGUACUGGAAGGUGACCAACCCCGACCAGCCGUCCUGCCAUGGGCCGCCCCGGACACGCCCCACCGUCGGGCCCACGACCCCGCCUGCCCCGUGCCCGCCCUCGCCAAUCUGCGAUCUGAUUCUGAGCGACGUCUUCCAGCCGUGCCACGCCGUGAUCCCCCCGAGGCCGUACUACCUGGGCUGUGGCUUCGACCACUGCCACAUGACGCACGCCGACGUGGUGUGCUCGGGCCUGGAGCUGUACGCCUCGCUCUGCGCCACCCACGGCGUGUGCAUCGACUGGCGGGGCCGCACCAACCACACCUGCCCCUUCACCUGCCCCGAGGACAAGGUGUACCAGGCCUGCGGCCCCUCCAACCCCUCCUACUGCUACGGGGGUGACAGCGCCAGCCUCGUGGCCCUGCAGGACGCCGGCCCCACCACCGAAGGCUGCUUCUGUCCGGAGGGCAUGACGCUUUUCAGCGAGAGCAGCACCGUCUGCGUGCCCGCGGGCUGCCCCCGGUGCCUGGGGCCCCACGGGGAGCCCGUGGAGCCCGGCCACACGGUCAGCUCCGACUGCCAGGAGUGCACCUGCGAGCCCGAGACCUGGACCAUGAGCUGCCGGAGCCAGCCCUGCCCGCCACCCCCCGUCUGCCCCGAGCCCGGACUUGUGCCUGUGCCCAUGUCCGCCCAGGCCGGCCAGUGCUGCCCCCAGUACACCUGCGUCUGCAACUCCAGCCACUGCCCGGCACUCCCGGCCUGUCCCGAGGGCACCCGCCAGGUCCUGACCCGGGAGGAGGGGGCCUGCUGCCCGCGCCAGCAAUGCAUCUGGACCGCCUGCCGCGUGAAUGGCACCUUGCACCAGGUGAGCACCCUGGAGCUCAGCGCCUGCCGUGCUGAGCGCGAGGGCGGGGCCGGGGAGAUGGCCUGUCAGGGCCCCCCUCGGAGGCCAGCAGCGGGAGACAGACAGACGCAGGGCCCCCUCCGCUGGAGGUCCUUGGACGGUCACUCACCAGCGGGGGCCCUGCAGCCCGGGGAGACCUGGUCGGAGCCGGGGAACCGCUGUGUGACCCACGAGUGUGAGCGGCAGCAGGACGGGCCCGUGGUGGUGACGACGAGGAAGGCGUGCCCCCCGCUCAGCUGCCCGGCGGACCAGGCUCGGCUGAGCCAGGACGGCUGCUGCCUCGCGUGCCCGCCGCCCCAGCCCCAGAACCGGUCCACCUGCGCCGUCCAGCACCGGCUCCAGGUCAUCCGCCUGCAGGGCUGCAGCUCCUCGGGCCCCGUGCGCCUCGCCUACUGCCAGGGCAACUGCGGGGACACCGCCUCCGUGUACUCGCUGGAGGCCCAGGCGCUGGAGCACAGCUGCCGCUGCUGCCAGGAGCUGCGGGCCGCGCCCCGGAACGUGACGCUGCGCUGCCCGGACGGCUCCCGCCGCGCCUUCAGCUACACGCAGGUGGAGGAGUGCGGCUGCGUGGGCCAGCGCUGCGACGCCCGCGGGGGCCUGGGCCCGGAGGAGCCGGCGCCCCUGCAGAGGCGGGACCCUGCGCGCGGGCGCUGGAGCCGGGGGGCCCCCGCCCUGCCCCUGGCUGAGGGGCGCCUCCCUGCCCACUGAGCCCGAGCCCCCUGGACCCAGCCCCACGGCCGGAGCCGGAGCCGGAGC